CGGGAGGAGCCGGGGCGCGCCGGGCCGUUGGACUGCGCCUGCGCGGCACCUGCGGCAGCGGGCCCGCCCCCGCCGUACAAUUCCAGUAUAGAAGUUCUUCAAAACUGUUCCCUUCAGAAGAGAUUUGAAUGCAACUCAUCCAGCCGUGCUGUUGCACAAGACUCAGUUAAGUGGAUUUUCAAGUUGUCUUGCAAAAAAACCCACAAUAACUCAUCAGAAGAUGUUUCACAUUUUUCAGUAUCAGCCUUUAAGACUAAUAACCCAAAACAGUCUUUCUAGCAUGUGCUUAAAACUGAUGCUUUCAAGACCUGUUGCAUUUGCACAGAUAUGGAAGUCAUGGUUCUCAAGUCAUUCUCUUCUUGGAAAGAAAAAUAUUAUCCUGAUGGGACCUCCAGGUGCUGGGAAAACAACAAUUGGGAGAAUAGUAGGCCAGAAACUGGAUUGCCCUGUCAUAGACAUAGAUGACGAUGUCCUUGAAACAACCUGGAAUAUGAGUGUGUCAGAAAAACUGCAGGACAUUGGUUGUGAGGAGUUUCUAGAAGAGGAAGGAAAAGCACUGUUGAAGUUCUCAGCAUCUGGAAGUGUAAUUUCCCUUAGUGGGUCAAAUCCAAUGCAUGCUGCUGGCAUGCAGCACAUAAAGAAAAAUGGAAUAGUUGUAUAUCUGGAUGUGCCCACAACAGUCAUUAUGAGCAGGCUGAAAUCAAAGGGACUGGAUCGUAUCGUGGGCCUGUCUCCUGGUGUUUCUCUCAAAGACAUACUUCAGUUUAGGAAGCAGUUCUACAGAAGGUGGUUUGACAUCCGUGUUCUUUGUGGAGGGGAUGUUGCAGCAGAGAUGGUAGCAGAGAAGGUACUUGAUACUGUGAAGAGAUACCAAGACUCAGAACUGGAAAGUUUCAUUUCAACAAGGUCUGGAAGGAGUAUGGAAGAAGACUCUGAUAAAUUUUAUUUCAGUGAUGUUGUUACUCAGGGCUUAGCCCUUGAUGGAGGACUCUUUGUUCCUGAGAGAGGACUUCCAAAAUUCACUGCUGAAGAAUGGCAAGGUCUGAUAGAAGCCACUUACACUGAAAGAGCCCAGGUGAUACUAGAAAGAUGCAUACAUCCUGCUGAUAUUCCUGCUUCUAAGCUGGCAGAAAUUAUUGAAACUGCUUAUGGAGAAAACUUUAGUUGUUCUAAAGUUGCCCCAGUUAGGCAUCUGGCAGGCAAUCAGUUCCUUCUUGAGUUAUUUCAUGGACCAACAGCAUCAUUUAAAGAUUUUGCAUUACAGUUGAUGCCACAUUUAUUUGCCUACUGCAUUCCCAGAAGCUGCAAUUACUUGAUCCUGGUAGCUACUUCUGGGGACACAGGGAGUGCUGUUCUAGAUGGCUUUAGUCGUCUCCAUGACACUGACAAACAGAGAAUUGCUCUGGUGAAUUUUUUUCCUGAGGAUGGAGUAAGUCCAAUUCAGAAAUCACAAAUGAUUGGUUGUCAGAAGGAAAAUGCUUGGUCAGUGGGUGUCAAAUCUGAUUUUGAUUUUUGCCAGACAGCUAUAAAGCAAAUUUUUACUAAUUCUGAUUUUACUGGCUUUCUUACAGUAGAAUAUGGAACAGCUUUAGCUGCAGCAAACUCCAUAAACUGGGCACGACUGCUUCCUCAGAUAGUUUAUCAUGCCUCUGCAUACCUUGAUCUCGUUCAUCAAGGUGUUAUUUCUUUUGGAAGCCCUGUAGAUAUUUGCAUUCCUACAGGAAACUUUGGCAACAUGUUAGCUGCUUUCUAUGCUAAAAUGAUGGGAAUUCCUAUUAGAAAAUGUAUUUGUGCUUCAAAUGAAAACAAUGUUUUGACUGACUUCAUAAGAACAGGUGUUUAUGAUUUGAGGGGAAGAAAAUUAAUUUCCAGUUUUUCACCAGCAGUAGAUAUUUUGAAGUCCUCCAAUCUUGAGCGAUACUUACACCUGAUUGCUAAUGGAGAUGGACAACUGGUGACACAAUUAUUUAACCACCUGGAAAAUCAGGGCCACUUCCAGCUGCGGAAAGAUCUACUUGGAAAGCUUCAGCAGGACUUAGUGGCUGGCUGGUGCUCUGAUGAGGACUGUCUGGCUGCCAUUCACUCUGUGUACAGUACUACAGGAUAUAUUUUGGAUACACACACAGCUGUUGCUAAAGUAGUUGCAGAUCGAUUACAAGAUAGAACUUGCCCAAUUAUUAUUUCAUCUACAGCUCAUUAUUCUAAGUUUGCACCUGCUAUCUUGAGGGCCUUGAGGAUUGCAGAAAUAAAUCAGAAUCCAUUAAGUCAGCUUCAUUUGCUGAGUUCUUACAGCGCUUUGCCUCCAAUCCACUGGGGCCUAUUAGACACCCUGAAAAAGACAGGAAAUGGGGAUCACCAGGUCUGUGCUGCUGAUAUGAGUGUGCUGAUGUCCCAUAUAGAAACCUUAAUUCAAAAUCAUUUUAUGAAAGUUUUUUGAGCAACUGAUCCAAUGUCCACAAUUGCAAUGCCUUCUUAACAAGCUGCAUGCUUUACUAAAUCCAUCAUUCAUCUGGCCUGUGUCCAGUCCACAGCAUAUCUCACAGUUUUAUAUUCAGUUGUCAAGCUUUCAACAGUAUUUGUAAGUAAUGUGUGUGAGAUUUCUAGUGGUGGUGAAAGGUUGUGAAUUAAGAGUGUAAAAAACUGGAAUACCAUUUUGCAAGUCAUACACAGUGGAGAUGCCAGCACUGCUGGCUUUCCUUGGCAGUGCUGUCUCCUUCACAAACCUGAACCUGAAACUCAACGGGAGGAGGCAGAUAAUGAAGCCUGACCUUUCUGGAACUAAUAGCUCUGGUUUUGUUGCAACAAUGAUGUGAACCUUUGGUCAGUGUAUGUUUAAAUAAACUUUAAAUCAUUUCACUUAGGGCACUGAAACAUAAUAAGUUAAUAUAAUGGUGUUCAUAUGUUACUAAUGAGGGUUGAUUUCACUACAAAGAUUGAAGUAUCAUUGUAUUGUUAAUCCUUGAACCAUUGAUUUUUGUGAUAUAUUACCUUCUUGUGUAAUGUUUUUUAUCUAUUGUGUGGCCAGUGUCUAAGUAAAAAAAUCUGGUCAUUUUGUUUUUAACACGUUUUUCUCCCAAAUAUUUUCCUGUGUCAAAUAGAAUACCUAAUUCAAUAUUUUUAAUAUAUUUGAGGUGUGACUCUUCUUCCAGUGUCUUCUAGUCUCUUUCUCAGAUGUUUUUUAUUUCAACUUUCAACUUUGAAAUCCUUUUUUAAUACUAUAGAAGAAUCUGAUAGUGGUAACAUCUUCUUAAAUAAGAACCAGACUUCACAAUUUGUUUACAUAUAUUUUUUGUAUUUUAUCUUUGAGAUCAUAUAGCUUUUCUUGUUCUAAUUACUUAUGUUUUCAUAUUUUUCUUAAGUUAAUUUCCUUGAUGUUCUAUUCUAUUCAUGCUUUGCAUGAAUUAGUAUAAAAAAGAAGCUUCCCAAAUUGCUUGGCAUCUCAUCAAGGAAAGUGAAGGAUGAAUUCCAGAGUGAUAGCAUCAGAAGUGUUCAUUAUGUAAUCCAAAAUACAUCUGUGUGGUUUUGCUAAUGACAGGCUCUUUGCUGGUUUUUUUUUUCUGAAGAAAAAAAUAGACUGGAUUGUCCUAGGAGAUCAUGUGGUUAUGGAGAAAUUGUUCUGCUAAUUGAUGAUUAUAUUUCACAAGGACAUAAGCUACAUUUCAUACUAUGAGAAAUGGUAAAAUGAUGUAUUGAAAGCUUUGAAUGGCAUGCCGUUAAAGAGCUAGGAGUCUUCAGAUGUAAGGACAUAUAGCUAUGGGAAGUUGUGUUUCCCACUAAGAUUCAAAUAAUCUGGUAAUUGAUAACAGGUUUUUUUGCC